AUGAUUAUUUUGUCACGUAGUUUUACCGGAAGUAAUUCCUCACCUGCAUGUACUGUACAAACUAUUUUCACUUUCUGACCUAUGGCUAUAUUAUGACUGUACUGCAUUUUUUGAGGCUGAUAUUUGACAAGCGAAAUAUUGAUGUUCGAAACAAGCCAAAUGUUUUGAAUGUAUGAAAAUGUUUCAAAUUUUAGAAAAAUUGACUCUAAGGCUAAGCCAGAGGUACUAAGCGAGACGAGGCACCACACUUAGUUACGGUAGUGUACAGAUUAUUGAUGAUCAAAUUAUAACAGCAUGUUUAUUUACUCCUUUGUUAGAUUAUCCAAAGAAACCGUUUGACUGGGACAGUUACUGCAAGAAUACCAAUGGAAGAAAAGCUCCGUCAUAUCUUUUUCAACCUGUAAGUACAGUGUAUAAUAAUUUUAUGGUUCACAACAAUGAGCGAGCUUCAGCAGGGGUUAGGCGUUAGGGUAAUUAAAGAUGUCCACACAAAAUAGGAGGAGUGAAGCUAAAUUUUGGUGGGGUUGAACACUUUAUAAGAGGGGUUAGAGAGAUUCAAGGGGGGGGGGGGGGGUUAACCCGGCCGCCCCAGUAGAUCCGCCCAUGCAUAAAAGUUAUUUCAUAAUCUACAGUAUCACAUUAAUAUUCUCACUUAUCCUAAACAUGUAACGAGAAUUUCUGAUUUACUUCAGUGCACGUACUCACAUGCAGAUGCAUUAAACGUCUAUUGGAACGUAUUGUGCGUCACAGCAGGAGUUCACAGGCGUAGAAAGAGUCUUGUGUCAUACUGCUGAGUGCUGCAGACAAAUAUUGUUACGAAGAAAGGUUUUCUCCAUUUCGUCCAUACGUAAAUUUUGCCUUUAAGCCAUUUACAUGAGAUGACUUUCGGCUGUAAGCCAUUUACAUGAGGUGACUUUCGCCACAGAAAGAUUUUGCCGUUGCCUGUUCAAUUAUAGAUUGGGAAAACUCGAAAUUGUGUGAAAACACUCCGCCCUCUGGGCGUCGUGUUUCCACACAAUUUAUCGUUUUCCCAAUUUCCACUCAUGUUAAUUGCUGCCGAAGGCAGCACACUAUUCUUAACAUGAAGUAUUGCGUGUCUGUGUUUACUUGUGCCCAGUCUCUUUGGCCGAGUUAUGUAUAGUCGAUCGAGAUUUCGAUUUGUGUCUUUCUCGUCUGUCUGUCUGUCUAUAAAUUCCGGGGAAAUAAUUAAGGCUUCAGGAAGUUUUCUUAAACGAAGGGGGCGGUCAAUAAUUAUUUUGUAUUGCGCUCACAUGAAAAUCCAACAGACCUGUAUGGUCGUAUCACAAAUCGACAAUAUUUGGAAUAAUUCAGGUAAGGAUAGCUUUAUUUCUUUCUGGUGAUAUUACAUGAAGGUAUUUAUAUUUAGAUCUGCUGUUUAGCGUUCGAUAUGAGGUAUUUGAAACAAUAAAUCGUCUUUAUAUUUAGGAGUCAAAAUGGUUUAUUUAUUAUUUUGUUUGUGUAGCGAUGAGUUUAUAGUGUUCAUUCUAGAUGUUCAUAGACAUAGCAAUUUGCUUUCAGAACGUUUUAAAAACAAACGUUGAAUGUUGUGUAUGCUUUAUAAUGUAAAGAUAUUUCCUAUAGCAACCCAUGCAGUUAAUAACCCAGUGACACUGAGUGUGGAUUGUUUCGGCAUAUAUAAAUUUACCAGCAGUACUACAUGUAUUAAUAUAACAUGUCAACCAAUUUUUGUACAAAGUAUGGUGGUCUGUAAAAAUAUAUCUCUGAUAUAUGUCCAUUGUUAGCAUAAAUAUGAAAUAAUCCUACCGGCUACAGGCCUACAUUCAUAUAUUCACCCACCUGGUUGUGUGCAUGUGUCACCACAUUUCAGGGUAUGCUAUAUUUUCGAUAAUGCUCACAAUUUCUUAUUAUAUAGUUUUGCAGUUCUGACUGAGUACAAUCUUAGUCAUUACAAAUGAACGGUGUCAUCUGAAGCAGAUGUAUUAAACAAAAAUGUCAACAACAAUCUCCCCAUCAGCAGAUUGUUCAGUUGUUCUGUGAACAUAGCCUUGAAGGUGUCAUUAAAAUGAUAAUUGGGACAAAAACUGGCUUAUUUCUAUAUAUGAAAUUGUUAUUAAAUUCUACAUGUCCAAUGGUUCAUUCAAGUAUUAUAAUUCUUUAUAUAUAUGAUAUUGUACAGUAUUCCGUGGCAAUUAAGCUAGCCACGGCAACUGGUCAUGCUAUGCUAACAAACCUACAAUGCAAGUCAUUAAAAGGUUGCAUAGCAUGACCUGUUGCUAUGGCUAUUAUAAUUAUAUACACAAAAGCAAGAAGUUAUAAGCAUUGAAGGUAUUCAUAUAAAAUCACCCAUGCCAACAAAGUAGAAUUAGAACAUUUAGCUGACCUUCGACAUUGUGCAAUGUGUUUGGUAUUCAAAAUGCACUUUUCCUAUCCCAUGAUUAGGCCUUUUUACAUGAUGGAAGGUGGGGUGAUUUUGAGUAUUGAAAUAAGUCACUAGGCUAAAUGAAAGUUCAAAUGCUGGUUAACAGAACUGAAUUGUUGUAGACCAUGACUUAUUUCAAUACAUCGAAAUCGCCCUGCCUCGUAUCUCGUCCUGGCAAAGCAGGAUCAUAUAAACAGCCCCCUUAUUCAGCAAAUUCAUGCUGGCUUUGAUCCAUUGGGGAUGAGGCAGCACUUUCCUUGCGAUAGUAACUUCUAGUAUAACUGUAUAUCAACACGAAAAAUGUUUUAUAGUUGUUAAAUAUAAAUUUUUUGACAAGUGGUGUAUCGUGGUUGAUUGGUCAAAAAACUACCAGAGUAUAGUUCGAUGAUAGUUCGUAAAUUUGAUAGUUCGUCUCUACCACCAAUGAUAGAUCGUCUCUAUACUGAAACGCAUAACAUUGAUAAUUCAUCCAGUCCUAAUACAGUAGUGGGCGAAAAAUUGAGAGCUUAAGAGCUUAAGCCAGCGACGUUUUUGACAACUAUUGUAUUGUGUUGUAUGCCUCUAGUAUAUUACAACUGAAAGGGGUAUGUAGUUUAAUUUUCGUGCUUUUAUGGUUACACUAUAACUUUUUAAUUCUUGAUUGAGUCGGUUUUCUUCUAUGUACCACCGAGGUGAUUAUGUUUAAUAAUCACCUUGAAUAUUAAUUAGCUGAAAAGAUGAAGGAAAACUCAGGAAAUCGUCGUUCAAAGCAGACGAAACAGACAAAAACUUUGUUGGAAAACCUCGUCAAUGAUGAAUUAAAUAUGUGACAUAAAUUCCUCCUUCUCGGUGUUUAUCCUAUACUUAUAUUGUUGUGUUGGGUUUUUUUUCAAACCAGCAUCGUUCAGAAAAUCUCUUCACACCAGGCAUGAAGUUAGAAGCGGUGGACCUGCGUGAACCGGCAUUAGUGUGUCCAUCCACCGUGGUGGAUAUACGAGGGCCUCUGCUAAAGAUACAUUUCGAUGGUUGGGAAGUGACGUAUGAUCAAUAUCUUGAUAUGGACUCGCUUGAUUUAUUUCCUGUGGGAUACUGUGAAAUAACUGGUCAUCCACUACAACCUCCAGGGUAACGAAUUUUUUUUUAUUCCGAUAUGAGAAAAAGAAGCGUAUUGCCGUGAUGCUUGAGCCCGACACAAACCUGGAAAUGCAAAAGAUAGUUCAUCUCAUAAUUUGUCGUUUAACAAUUACGUCAUGAAAUUGUAGGCGUUUUUUUUAUUUCCCUGCCUUCCUUUUCAUCACUUAUCAUCAGCCUACCUAUAAUAGUUACGUUAUCGCUCCACUCCUGAAACAAAAAAAUUAGGGAGGAUUUAUUGUAUAUGUGUUUUGAUCAAGCUUGAACCGCAUAGCCGUUUAUUAAUAAUGCAUCAUCGUUUAAUGCUUAACCUUACUCAAUACUUCUAAUAAUAAUAUACAUGAAAAAAUACUCGUAAUACGUGGACAGCGGCUAAACAAAAGACACUUUUUGAUUUAAGUUUUGACUUCUGACCAGGGGCGUAAAUCCUCGGGGGGUUGCAUGGGGGUGGGUGACACUCCCUAAUGUUUGAGGAAAGUAAUUUUGUAGGGCAAAUUUAUCAAAUAUGAGUACUAAACAAAAAACCUAGAAGACCAGUUUGAGCAAUUAUAAACAUUUGCUAUAUUCCUAUUACGUCGUUUUCUAACCAUAAGAAUUCGGUAAAAUCUUCCCCCAAAGUACAUGAAAUGGUAUUUCAGAAACUCUAAAUUGUGUCUCUGCCGCUACGCCUACGGACCCUCAUAGGUCUUUUUACUUGUUACAGCAUCCUCACGUUCUUUUCUGUCCACAACCUUACCUUUACCAGUAACCCUUUAUCCCAUCCGUAAUCAACUGUCAUCAAAAUAGAUACCCCCUGCCCCUCGGUGAUGGCAUAAUUGUUGAACAGCCUCGUACGCGACAAACAAGGGAAUCAUCUGUCUCGACGAACUAUCUCCGUAGUAUAAGAUCCAUGCGUCAUGGCACAGGAUCCCUCUGUAUAAAAUACGCGCAAGCCAUGCACAACGUUACCUCAUCAUGAAAAUACAACUGCAUGUGUGGCGUUCCUAAUCAAUCCUACAGUUGAAAAACUUGAUUCGAGUAUUUUGAAUAAAUUUCAAUUUGAGGAGUUUUGAAAUUCCAAAUAUACGUAAUUUUAAUAACAAACUUGAUUAGGGUAUUGAAAUGUAUAAAAUUAUUACGGAAUUAUUCAUGUUUUAAAAACCCACUCUUUGAUCAAUCUGUAAUUCUAUUCAUUCGUAUAAGUUGUAUGUUUUAGCUAUAGCCUUAUUCCUUUAGCUUGUCAUUUCAACUUUGCGACACGAGGUAACGUUGUGGAUGGUUUACAAGCGUGAGAAACCCCGUAAAAGCGUUUGAAAGAGCAACAAAUAAUAUUCUUAUACCAUGCUAGGAAAAUUACGUGGUGAAAAUGCUACCUCCUCCGUAGGCCAUACAAUCUGUGAACUCUAACCAUAUAUUAACCGUAAUUUCUAUGUCGACUAAUACCACUAACAAUCUUAAUGUUGUAAUAUAAUUUUUCAAGAAUGUCUAUCCUGUCAGAUGAUAAACAAUAAUUGUCUACCAAUAUAUAAAUAAAUAAAUAAACUACUUUACUAAAAACGUAAUGAAGCUACCUUAAGUAAAUAAAUUAUAAAAAUAAAUGGCGGUAAACUAAAACUAUGAGAUCGUAUUGUGCAAAACGUCCGUGUUGGAAUUAACAAGGGUUUGAUGUAUGGAUUCAGGAAAAUUGAAAUAAGCCGACCAAAAAAUAUUAGCUAAUAUUAUAAGCUUCGAUUGCAUUUGGCUAAAACGAAGCAUAUCGUCAUAAUUGUUGGUAAACUUAAUUACUUAGUUGUAUGUUCUAAGUACAAAACAUUCGCAUCCGAGCUCUAUCUGAUUUACUACGGCUAACCUUGUAAGGCUAUAUUAUACACUGCACUGGAUAGCUCUCCGUAGCGACAUGAAAAAACACCUAUCCGUUAAAUGGACGCUAUUUUCAGAGGAAUUAUUGCAAGGGAGAGAUGUUGUUUCGCUCAGCUUCUGAACGUUGUACAUUACGUAUCGGAUAGGGGCAUUUUCGCGCCGCUACGGAAAGCUAUCCAGUAUACAGUGUAAACGUAUAACCUAAAUCAGAUACCGAUUCGUUUAUUUUAUUUCAUGUUUAUUGAGUGUCUCACUAAUUGAUGAGCGGAUUUCCCAAUAUUAGAAUGUUAGGGUUUGUAAUCCAAGUGAUCAUAUACAUUUUAAGACCUGACCAGGAACGACUGCGAAAAAUGUAGCACAAGGUCCUCUGGUAGGAAUUGAACCUACGGCCCUGCGAUUCCGGUGCAGCGCUCUAACCAACUGAGCUACAGAGGCCAGCUGUUGAGCUGUAACCGUAAGUUCAUGUAUAUAUAGUGUAUAUAUAUAUAUAUAUUACAGCUCAACAGUGUACAGUAUGUAUAUUACAGCUCAACAGCUGGCCUCUGUAGCCCAGUUGGUUAGAGCGCUGCACCGGAAUCGCAGGGCCGUAGGUUCAAUUCCUACCAGAGGACCUUGUGCUGCAUUUUUCGCAGUCGUUCCUGGUCAGGUCUUAAAAUGUAUAUGAUCACUUGGAUUACAAACCCUAACAUUCUAAUAUUAAUUCCACCAAGUGAAGUGCAAGAAACCACAUCAUUCAAGUCCAUCUUAUCACAACCCGCACACCCGAUUACCUAUAUAUACAUGAACUUACGGUUACAGCUCAACAGCUGGCUUCUGUAGCUCAGUUGGUUAGAGCGCUGCACCGGAAUCACAGGGCCGUAGGUUCAAUUCCUACCAGAGGACCUUGUGCUGCAUUUUUCGCAGUCGUUCCUGGUCAGGUCUUAAAAUGUGUAUGGUCACUUGGAUUACAAACCCUAACAUUCUAAUAUUAAUUCCACCAAGUGAAGUGCAAGAAACCACAUCAUUCAAGUCCGGAUUUCCCAAUAGGCUACUACUGUCCAAUUGAUAGGGGGAUCCAAGGUGCCUACGAUUUAACGUCCUUAUGUUGAGCGAUAAGUCUUUAAGAUCUUGAGUAGAGGUCUGAACAAGUUUUGAACCCGGGUCUCCCAGCUUGAAAGGAAAGCGUGGUGACCACGGCACCACAGUUGAUACGUGAUGAUUUUGUUGAGCUAAAGAAUCUGAUCACCAGUAUCUCAGUUCCUUUAAUCCGCUGUUUGACGUCUCUGUUUAUACUUGGUGACUUGUUUCAAAAUCCUAUAGCGUUAUUGGUCAAAGUCGCUCCCACCUUUGUCGACAUCCCGCUUUCCAUGACUUCUCGCCUUCCGUGACAUCACACGAGAGUGGGGAACAUGCCAUUUAGUCCAAAUCAGUUAAAAUCAUGUAUACAAUCAAUGUACUUUAUUCUCUCUGUAUACCUAAACCGUCUUGGGGACAUGGUUGGCAAUAUCAACACAAUUAUGUUAAUUUUGAAUUGGGUAAGCAUAAAACAAAUUAAAAUGAAUAAACAAAAAUUAAAAUCUACUAGGUUUUAAUUUAAAAGUUUAAUAUAUAAUCUUAAAAUGGUAUAAAGUCAGUUAAUCAAGUACUGUAAUUGACCUUAGAAGUCGUUACAUCACGUCACUGUCAAACAAUGAAUAUUUGAGCCAUAUGUUUCCCACAUUGCAUGCAACCUUUAUGUUUAGAUGGAUUGAAAAUUGCGUGACGUAAGCACUUCCGGGGUCAGUUGCUAACUAAUUACUAAUUCAUUAAUACACCAUAACAAUUAAUGCUACCCUAAGUAAAAUCAAAAAGACUUUAAUCUUGAUUAAUUAUUAAGAUAAUUAUAAUGAGUAAACGAUAGCGAGAUGACGUAUAGUAAUAACAAAUGAAAACUAAAAACUAACUUGAUAAUAAUAACAUUGUAUAUAACAGCUGUUGCGUGUUACAUAUUUCAUACAUCAAGUUCCCUAGGCUUAGCAUUUUCAGAUUGGAUCAUAUGUCUCAAUAUUAGUUCCAAAUCUUACAUUUACUACUAUACAGUUAAAACGACUGUGUGUUACGAAUCAUGUAAUGUGAAUUUCGGAUAGUGUGGAUUACCCCAAACUUAACAAGAUGUGUUGUUUACUUUAAUUUCGUAGACCACGACCAGAUCCAUACACCCAACCUGGUUAUCAAUAUGGUGAAUCUCACAUGAAGGGGUUGGCUGGAAAUAAUCUUACACCGGCGGCUCCUAAGAUGACAAAACCAUUGAAAACUGAGCAGGUCAACAAGCCCAAGCCAGGUAAGCGUGAAGUUUUCAUAUAUUCUCGCACGAAGUAUGCAGCUAUUUCAAUUAAGGUUGUCCACGAGCAAAGCGGAAAAGUCGAAUACGAGCUCGAAAGGUUGCUGGGAAUCGCUGUGAAAAUUAAUUAAUUUGUCAGCGAUUCCCAGCAGCCUUUCGCGCUCGUGCUCGACUUUUCCGCUUUGCUUGUGGACAACCUUAAUUGAGAUAGCUGUAUAUCAAUGGAAGAAAGAUGUGGAUUGAGGGGAAUUCAACUACCUGAAAAAUACAAGUAGAACUUUGACGUUUCCAGCGAAGGCCCUUCCUCGGGAAGUUACAGUAGUAUAGCCAAUACUCGACGAAGGCUUCGCUCGAAUUUUACUUGUAUUUUUCUGGUAGUUGAAUCCUUCUGAAUCCGCAGUUUUCUGGUUCUAUUGUCACUAGCACCCGUUCGAGUAUAUAUCAAAUAGUUUUUAUAGAAUCUACAUGAUCAGUAGAUGGCCGGAUUCUGAGAGGGAGUCUGGGGAAGUGUGCCCUCCCCUGGUAAUUGUUGCACCUACCUUGAAAAGUUAUCCACCUACCUCCCCGUGGUAAAAGGGCAUAGUACAAAACAUGGACUGGACUGGACUGGACUGGACAGUUGGACUGGACAGUUGGACUGGACUGGACAGUUGGACUGGACUGUUGGACUGGACUGUUGGACUGGACUGAUUUUUACAUUUUCUCUAUUCUUGACUUGCACGUCACCCGCCAUGUCAGAUGGCAUGGCACAAAAGAAUAUUUUAUCACAGAAUAGAUAUACCAUGUCAUGUCUAUUUUGUGAUUUUAUCGAUCGGAACAUUGUCUGGUGUGUACCAGGAGGAGAUUGGUUGCAAGUCAAGAAUAUAACGUUUUGCACCUGAAUUACUUUUGAUUUUCGGAAAUUGAAAUAUUUUACCUUCGUCGAUGACCUCACUUUAUAACUGGAGUGAAAUCUCAGUAAGAAACCCCAGUAAGUAGAAGAGAAUACAAUACCAGACAUAAACUGCUUAUCUGUCUUUGCUAUGGGUAGCCUGCUCGCAUACGUAUUAAAUUUCGAUAUUUCAGUCAGGGGCGGCGCUAACCCUCUUCGAGUGGGGGUGUGUGAGUGAUCUUUUGCCGACUGUUGUUUGGUAAUUUUGCCGAGUCAUUAGCCUAUAGUGAGGGUCCUGAAGUGUGUGUGUGUGGGGGGGGGGGUCCCAAUCCCAUUUUCCACCUGAAAUUUUGGCAAAAUCCCAGUCCCAGUUGGAUUUUUAUUAGAAAUCCCAGUCCGAGUUAUUGAAAUCCCAUUCAAUAAAAAACAUUUAUUUAUCGGUAGAAUAAACAGUUUUAAGACCUUUUAAGCCACCAUGUGUGCAAGUGGCGGACACUUUAUGAAAUGUUGGGGGGGGCGGCUCGUGCCGAAGGCACGGAAAAUUUUUAAAUUUGAAUCCCGGAAAUGGCAUGUGCAUCAUUCUGACACAUGCAUAAUCAGAAAACCCAAAAUUCCAGGCGCCAGAGUAUGCCUGUUCGCAGGUAAUGCUGUGAAUAAUAUAGUUAACAACAAAAAUCAUGACGAAAGACACCAAAAACGGAUCAAAAUUGGGAAUCGACUCACAUUCCUUCAAUCCCAUUUUUGAGGACUUCAUUUCCCAGUGGCCAAAUCCCAGUCCCAGCAACCCAAAUCCCAUUUUCCCAGUCUAAAAAUAGAUCAAUCCCAGUUCCCAUUUUACCCCUUCACGGCCAUCUAUAGUAAAUGUGCAUGUUUAAAUGCGCUUUAUUACCCUCUAUUAAGUCGGUUUUCCACUAGCGGAUUUUUCUGCGCGAAGCGACCUUUUUCCUUUGUCAGCAUCCAUUUUGCAGCCCUCGAAAAGUCAAAACCGUCAAAAUUGAGGUUGGCAAAAGAGGGCCUAAGUCGGCACAUAAGUCUGACCUAAGUCGGCACAUCUCUGCAUUUCUAAUUAAAAUCUGUUCCACGUCUUGGAGCACUAUUAAUCACGCAUUUACGCAUCAUUGAAAUCGGAAUAUAACUGGAAUGUUACCUCCAGCCGGAAAAUUCGAAAGUUGAAGCCAAAUUUUAACUCCAGACGCGCGAAAUUUGAUCUUCAAACAUCUAACGUAUAUACACAAUACCCGUCAGUUUUUAAACCUUACACCGUAGUGUGUCCAGUUAAUCGAAUUCGCUGACAUUUUAAAAGCUAUCAGCAUAAAAAAUUCUUACUUUGGUUGAAUUAAGGUGGGCAAAAAUUUGCAUUUAGCCCGGCAUUGCCGAAUGCCGACCUCGUUUUCGAGGACUGAUUUUGCCACGUCUUGCUGACGUAAUAAGUGAUACCGACAAAGGAAAAAGGUCGCUUCGUGCGAGAAAAUUCGCUAGUGGAAAACCGACUUUAUUGCCUCUUUUACAGAACAGUAUAAUAAGCAACAACAACAACAACAACAACAACAACAACAACAACAACAACCACCAAACACCAAACAAAUUUAAUUACCUAAUUAUGAUUUCAAUAAUAUUAUGUUUUUGGACUAGCUGCCAGAAGUGAAGAUACUGUAUUCGAAAAAAUUUGCAUUGCUGCAUGUGGUUUCUUUGAUGCAUGCUAUUCGUGAUAUUCGGUUUGAAUUCAAUUAUUCAGGAGGUCAAUUUUGUUUUUUUCAGUGGUUAUCUUUAGCCAAUCCAGUUUUGCCGACUGAGAUAACAAUUUGCCGAUUAGCUGACGAGUGGGGGGGGGGUGUUCCACCCCCACCCUGUAGCGCCGCCCCUGAUUUCAGUCUGCAUGGCCAUGGGCGUAAGAAGAUCGGUAUUUUGGGGGGCUCAUAUUCAUAUAUUCAUAAAGCAAUCAAUUUCAAAAGAAGUAAUGAUGCAGAACACGAAUAUAUGAAUAUGAGCCCCCCCAAAUAUCGAUCUUCCUACGCCCAUGGCCAUGCAGACUGAACUAUCGAAAUUUAUUACGUAUGCGAGCUGGCUACCCAUAGCAAAGACAGAUAAGUAGUUUACGUUUGGUAUUGUAUUCUAUUCUAUUCUACCUACUGGGGUUUCUUUCGCUUUAAGAGAUUUCACUCCAGUUAUAAAGUGAGGUCACCGGCGAAGGUAAAGUAUUCCAAUUUCCGAAAAUCAAUUCCGAAAGUAAUUCAGGUGCAAAACGUUAUAUUAAUGACUUGCAACCAAUCUCCUCCUCCUGGUACACACCAGACAAUGUUCAUCGAUAAAAUCACAAAAUAGACAUGGUAUAUCUAUUAUGUGAUAAAUAUUCUUUUGUGCCAUGCCACCUGACAUGGCGGGUGACGUGCAAGUCAAGAAUAGAGAAAAUCAAAAAUCAGUCCAGUCCAGUCCAAUUGUUCAGUCCAGUCCAAUAGUCCAGUCCAACUGUCCAGUCCAGUCCAACUGUCCAGUCCAGUCCAUGUUUUGUACUAUGCCUGGUAAAAGUUAAAGAAAUGAGAUAAAUAAUAUCUAUUUGAGAAAUAUUUAUGUGUUGCUCAGGGUCUACACCUUGUAUGGAAUUUUUUUCUGUAAAACUGAGACACUGAUAGCCAUUCAUUUCUGUGUCAAGUAUCAUUUUAACUGCGAUGUUUCAAAAGAAACUUUGUAGUAAUGUAAUGAGUGGCACACCGGAUGAUUCCAGCUAUAGACUACAUUUUGAUGUAGGCAGGAAGAACAAAAUCCAUCACCACAGCUAGAAAGAGCAUGUUAAAAUUAGUAAAAUUGCAAAGUUUGGCCGGGAAAUGUUGCAAAAUGCGGAAAAUAUAGCCCCGCGAAAUAUUAAUUUGUAUUACGCGCGGGAAAAUGCACCACAUUUGGGCCGAAAGUGGUGCAUUUUCCCUUGCGCAAUACAAAUUAAUACAAAAUUUGCAAAUUUCCUAGGGCUAUAUUUUCUGUAUUUUUACAACAUAUCGCAACCAAACUUUGCAAUUUUACUAAUUUUAACAUGCUCGUUCUAGCUGUGGUGAUGGAUUUCGUUCUUCUUGCCUAGAUCAAAAUUUAGUCUGUAGCUGGAAGCAUCUAUUGGAUGAAUCGUACAGUCAUAAUUCAUAUACAGUACAUGCAUACGUCACGCAGUUGACUUUAGGUGGAGGGGUACGUUCUAAGCCAUAAAAUUCCAUGGGGGCCAUGAGCCACACCGCUGCACCUCUUCUAAACUUUCCUCCACCUCCCUCGCCAUUUCCACCAAAUCUGGCUUUGGAUCAGUAUAAUUAUUCUUCACAUUAUUUCCACAGUGAAAUCUCCAUUGCAUCCAGAAAGUAUGUACUUUGUGAACAGAAGAUGCUGUUGUGGUCCAUAUCUCAACGACGCCAAGCUCCUCAAAAUUCCCGAAACGGUCAAAGGCGUUUUAGGCGGCUCAGACAAAAACAACAUCGUACGCAAAUGUCUACAACUUCUGGUAACGUCGAGCGAAAAUCCCAAAAAUGUUCUUGACCUGCUCUGUCACGAAUUCUACCAAACGAAGAAGCACAGUGAUUUAGAUUUAGCCGCUACGGUCUGUAUUGAAAUUAAAACGAAAAACGACAAGCGGAUCGUGCGACGUGUAAAGAUCGCUUCGAAGGCGGACACGAUACGGCCCAACAUCGAACGUGUACUUCAGUUACUGGGUUGUUGCCCAAACGUGUUUGCGAAAGACAAAUACCCCACAGAACAAUGCGACGCGUGUCGUGUGAAACAGACUAGUGAACUGAAUGUGAACUAUACAGAAUUCACACAGCAACCUGUGAGCGUGCCUAGUAAUGAACCUGUAUGACCAUGCAAGAUUGCGUAUGGGUCUUUACCUUCAGAAAGAUCUAAUGAAUGUAAAUACGUUAUUAUAUUAUAAAUAAUGUCUUGUCUUCUGCACCACUCUGGAUGGGAAACUCGAUUGUGUACAUAAGCGCAUGGUGAAUUAUGCGUCUGAAAUAAGACGUUCGGUUGAUGCGAAAUUCGGUACAUAGUAUAUUUUUCUUGAUAACGCAUGAUUCUAUUUUUGUCUCAAAAUGCGAAUUAUAAAUAUACACAAGAACGAAAUUGUGAUAUUGUGGAAUAAAUGUGUGUUUAUUGU